AUGAGGCCACCAUCAUCAAAUCAUAUAAAAAAUAAACCUGGUUUAACGUUGAGUAUCGAUGACUUAAACGAUUCAGAAUCAUAUGAAUUGGACGAAGGUUAUAUUAUUGAUAGUGACAAUGAUGAGAAUUACAACAGCGGUGAAGAAGCAGCUCAUAAUGAUACAAUGACAAUCCUAGCACACCAAGGUGUUAAAAGUCAGUAUCUUAAUUUAGAUAUGCCCAAGUACAAGUGCAAAUUUUGUCAGGCUAUAAUGUGGAUAGAGGAGAGAAAUAACAAAUCCAUGACCGACCCUACCUUCUCAAUAUGUUGUGCUGGUGGUCAAAUUCAGUUACCAGAGGUCAAAAAGCCUCCUCCUUAUCUAGCUGGACUGCUAUUUGGACAAUCAAAGAAAUUUCGUGAUUCUAUAAAAGUGUAUAAUGCCAUGUUUUGUUAUACAUCUUUAGGAGGAAAAGUGGACAAGCUUAUAAAUAAGAAUGGUAUACAACGAGAAAUUGUUGAGAAUCUCAUUAAAAUGUUUGAUGAAGUAAGUCCCCUAGCUCAGAAAUUUCGACAAGCAAGAGAUCGUUUCAAGGAACAACAACCACAAGACCUGAAGAUUAUUUUUAAAGAAUCUAGGUCCGCUUCUGGACGUCCGAAUCACAUUUAUCCAUCUUCAGAGAUUGCUGCAUUAAUAGUUGCAGAAAAUGAUCCUUCGGGUGGUGAUAGAGAUGUUGUUGUCCAUACAAAAACUUCUGGCCCAAAGAGAAUAAGCUUUAUACACCCGCUUUUCAUGGCAUUGCAGUAUCCUAUACUAUUUCCAUAUGCUGAAAAUGGGUUUCAUAAAGGAAUUAAAUAUAAGACUAUAGAUUCUAAUACUAAGAAGAAGAGGAAAAAUGUAACACUGAAAGAGUACCACUCCUACCAGCUUCAUAUACGACCAAACGAAGGAAUGACAUUGCGAUAUGGUGGACGUCUCUUUCAACAAUACAUAGUUGAUGCUUUUUCCGUUAUUGAGCAAACACGUCUUCAUUGGUAUAGAACUCAUCAAAGUACAGUCAGGGCUGAUAUGUAUCAAAACAUACGUGAUCAAGUCAGAAAAGGUGAUGAAAAUCCUAAUAGCUGUGGGAAAUCAUUUAUUUUGCCAGCAUCUUUUACUGGAUCAAAAAGGUACAUGAACCAAAAUUUUCUUGAUGCUCUUGCCAUAUGUCGUGCUAUUGGGCAUCCAGACAUAUUUUUAACAAUGACAGCUAAUUCCAAAUGGCCGGAGAUUCAGCAAAUGCUUAAUCAUACUCCUGGUUUGACCGCGGAUGAUGCACCAGAUAUAGUUACUCGAGUUUUUAAGUUAAAAUUAGACCAACUUUUGCAUCUUAUCAAGAAAAAAGGGUUUUUUGGCCGUUGUAUUGGAGCAUUACAUGUCAUAGAAUUUCAAAAACGCGGCUUGCCUCAUGCACACAUGGUGAUAUGGUUACAUCCCGACAAUAAGCCUAAGACCAUUCAACAAGUCGAUGCAAUGGUUUCUGCUGAGAUACCAGAUAAGGAUCAAGAUCGUGAUGGCUACAAUGCUGUAAAACAAUUCAUGAUUCACGGACCAUGUGGCACAAUUAACAACACAUCUCCGUGUAUGGAUACUGAACGUAAGGUUUGUACACGGCAUUUUCCGAAAAGGUAUGCUUCAGAGACAACCUUUGAUGAUAGUGGAUUUCCAGUGUAUAGACGACGCAAAACAAAUCAUACUGUUCAAAAGAAUAAUGUUGACUUAGACAAUCAAUGGGUGGUGCCGUAUAACAGAGAAUUGUUACUCAUGUUCCAGUGUCAUAUCAAUGUAGAAAUCUGCAAUCACUCAAGAAGUUUAAAGUACCUUUUCAAAUAUUGCAUGAAAGGACACGAUCGAGCAACCAUGCUAUUGGUUAGAGCUAAAAAUACAGUGCAUGAAAGUACUCGGCAAUCAGACACUACUAAAGUUGCUCCUAUUAAUGAAAUCAAACAAUAUUUAGAUGGUCGGUAUGUGUGCGCUUCGGAAGCAAUCUGGCGAAUAUAUGGAUUUCAUAUACACCUCAGAAGUCCAUCUGUUGAACGACUGCCAAUUCAUUUAGAGGAUAUGCAGACUAUCACUUUCAACAGUAAUGAAUUGUUAACAAAUGUUGCAAAACGUGCUUCUUUUCGACUUAGUAAGCUCCAAGCAUGGUUUCAAGCUAACCGAGAAUAUCCUUGGGCACGAGAUCUCUACUAUCAAGAGUUUCCUGGUUCUUUUGUGUGGGAUGCUAAUUCAACCAGAUGGACACCUAGAAAACAAGGUUUUGUUGUUGGCAGGAUGAACUCCACAUAUGCAUCUUCGGGAGAUUUAUUCUACUUAAGAAUGAUACUCACUAGAGUCAAAGGAGCAAUGUCUUUUAGGGACCUUCGAACUGUCAAUGGACAAGUAUAUAAAACUUUUAAAGACACAUGCAAUGCUUUGGGACUUUUAGAAAAUGACAUGGAGUGGCACGAGGCAAUAAAGGAAAAUGCCCACCACGCUACUGCGUCACAGUUGCGUCAACUUUUUGUGCAUAUUAUCGUGAACUGCGAGGUCAGCAACCCAGCAAAGCUCUGGAAUGAUCAUAUCAAAGAUUUUUCAGAUGAUAUACUUUGGAAGCGGCGCCAUAUUUCUAAAAACAAUGAGCUGACAUUGUCUGAAGAGGAAAUACAAUUUUGGGCUCUUGCAGGUUAG